AUUAACAAUGAAAAAUGGCUCCAAACUGUAGCAAUAUUUAGGUUUGACGUAACGAUUUGUUAUCUGACGUCAUUUGUCUGUUCGUAAUGGCGUUGAUUGAAGCAUUUUUUCACGGACAAAAUUCAGUUAGAAAAAAUAGGAUAUUAGGGAUAGACUAAAUCCCCUUGAUGCAUACGACGAUGCAGAAAUUCUUUGUAGAUUUAGGAUGAAUAGACAGUGUAUUAUGGAAGUCAUAGACCUUAUCAGAGACGAUAUUUCACACGAAACAAUGAGGUCGUUUGCUAUAUCUCCAGAGCAACAAACAUUUGCCGCUUUAAGGUUUUAUGCUACUGGAUCUUUUCAACAAGUUACUGGGGACAUAAUGGGCAUAAGUCAGCCGUCCGUUUCAAGGAUUGUCCAACAGGUAUCAACAGCAAUAUCAAGACAUGCUGGAAGAUUCAUUACCUUUCCAGUAACUGCACCACAACAGCAAUCUGUCAAAGAGGGGUUCAUGGAAAGAUUCGGGUUUCCUAAUGUUUUAGGGUGUGUAGAUGGAUCCCUCAUUCAGAUCAAAGCCCCAUCCGUACGAGAAGACGCGUAUGUUUGCCGGAAAGGGUACCACGCCUUAAAUAUACAAGGCAUUUGUGAUAGUAAAAAGGUGUUUUUGAACUUGGUAGUUAAAUGGCCUGGUUCCACCCAUGAUGCAUUCAUUUGGAAUGAAUGUGGAAUAAACAGUUACUUAAAUGAAAAUCCUAACGCUGGAUACUUGCUUGGGGAUCAAGCUUAUCCACUUAAACAGUUUUUAUUGACUCCUAAAAGAAACCCAAUAAAUAAUGCUGAUCACGCAUUCAACAGACUUCACCAGAAAACAAGGCAGUUGAUUGAGGACACGUUUGGGAGAUGGAAAUGCAGAUGGCUCAUGCUUCACAAAUUUGGUGGAGCAAUUACCAUUGAACUUAGAAAUGCCAUCAAAGCAAUUGUUGCAACUGGUGUUCUACAUAACAUUUGUGAGAAAAAAGGCAUACCACUUCCGAAUGAAGAUCUGAUAAACACUGAUUAUGAAGGCAAUGAUGAAAUGUAUGAUAAUGGUGACAUUGUUGAAGAUGGGGAAGUCUUUCGAUCUCGACUUAUUAGAGAAAGAUUUUAA